GCCGCAUUGGCUCGUGUGAAUAUCUCUUAAUCUUGGUCUUCUCACCAUUCAGCGCAGGCUGUCAUUUUUUCCCUUUCCUCUCUUCCCUUCUUCAACAUCGUCACGCGCAAAACGCCUUCUCCUUUGCGUGCAUAUUGGCUCGACUAAGAUUACCGCCGUCCACUUUUCCGCCUGCCCUCUCCUCACCUGCCAGCGCCCUUUAUUCGUCCUCAUUUUAUUUUAUUUUCCUAUUUUCCUAUUUUAUUACAUCUCUUAGUGGCAAACUACCACCGUAGAGUACCCGUCCUUCGGCCCCCCUCCCCCCAAGGAUUUUUUUUUGGUACCUGGAGCACGUUGCUUGGCUGGCCCUGGUACCUGGCCUCUUCGUUGCUUGCCUGCCACCUGCAUUAGCUCGGGCCCCCUCGACACCACCCCCAGCGCGUCUUGACGGCCUCAUCCCUCCUCCUCCUCUCCUUCUCACCAGAAGCGCUCAGGGCCCUUUCCUGCUCACCUGCGAUUCGGUCGGUACCUACGGGCCAAUCGGACAGACACCCCCUUCCCACCACCCCCCAGAGGCCAUCAAAUCUCUGCUUUUGGUGGUAACUGGCGCUUCCUUGACCUGAACCUGGUUACGGGUUACCGCCUAGUCUAGUCAUUACCCACGCUACGACUUCGUUGGUACUACCGUGCCCUCCCACCCCCAAAAACAAUGUCCCAUGGCCAAUUUCAUUCGGCCCCGGCGAUAAGACACUCUCGUGGUUACAGCAGCGCCAGCAGUAACUACGACGACCCGGACAGGUACCAGAUACCUUGGCGGUUCGACAGCCUUGCCCACACAACGCCCGAAAUGGAACCCUCUCCUCUGGCUAAUCCUAAUCUUCCUCAUCACGGACCAAAAGACGCCAUGGACUCUACCAAGUCUUCGACGUCGAUCAAGCCCGAUGCUACCUCUCUUGACACUACACAUCCUCCUCCUCCAGUGACCGAAGCCUUGUUCAUCAACAAGCAGCACCCCCCUCUGCCUCUUCAAGACUCCUUCCCUGCCCCCCCUAAUCAUCAACAUCACCACCUUCGCAAGCAGCCGUCCAAGGUUCUUGAUAGUGCUGAGACCAUCGGCUGCGCUGUCUCGACCGCUCCUAUCAAUAGUCCUGCUGCUGCUGCUGCUUCUCCUGCUCAGGAUCACUCUUCCUUUCCAGUCGCCCAUACUCCCAUCAAGCGGAAACCCCUUUCUGCUAGGGCCUCAUCGCUCGCCGCGACAUUUGUUCAUUCUCCCUCGCCCUCCGUGGAUCUGCCCAAGCCAGACCAUCGCUUCUCCCGAUCGCCAUCAGUCGAUAGUCCAAUUCUUUACGGACACGAUCAAGAAGACUAUUACGCUUCUGUUCUAGAUCAGCUUCCCGCGUUUGAGAAGCUCGACUUUGACUUUGAUCGGGCUGGAACCGACAAUCCCCAAAUAUCUAGCGACACCAACAUCCCCCACGGCAGCUCGACUGACGGCCACUCUGACAUCCUCUCCGACUACGACGAUCUCGCUUCCCAGCAGACCUCGCCUGACCUCAGCACAGCUAGUCCCUUGACUGACCGUCAAGCUGCCGCCAUCGCUGCUGCUGCUCAGCCUGCCGAAACGCCUACAAAGUCCUUCCGCCUGCCCAUGUUCGCUCCCAAACCACUGCCUCCUCAGUUAAAGUUGGACAAAGUGAACACCUCGCCUCCGCAGAAACCGCUGCAGUCGCCCAUUGAAUCAGCAACCGCCCAGGUCAAUAAACCCCUGCCGAAAUCGCCCAGCCAAGGCAGCUCCGUCAUCGCCAACAUCUUCAACUGGGGAAACACUUCUCCUUCGGCUACUGAAUUCUCCUCAAUCCCUUCGCCGUCCACCCCCGGCCACACGGCGUCGUCGACCAAGACUCUCCAGCCGGCGGAUCCUAGCACAAAGUCAAAUGUUGCCAACAACCCGCUCGGCUACUGUGAAUCAUACUUAUCUACCCCUCCUCCCCACGCAAACGCCGCCUCCGUGCAGUUAGAAGAAAUGGAGGACGAAUUAAAAGCAAUCAGCUCCGAGCUGGCGUCGUCUAUUCGACGCGAGAUCGACCUUGAAGAUCUCGUCGAUCGCCUUCAGGAACAGGUCAACAACCCACAGGCCCCUGGCAAGCGUACCAGCGACUACUUCUCAGACUCGGGCUACAGCUCGGCCAAGCUGAGUGACUAUGACCAAUCUCGCGAAGAGAUUGAAAAGAUUCAACGCCGGUCUGAGCAAGAAAAGGCUUCACUACGCCUAGAACUCACAAAUAAGCUCCAAGAUGAGCGCUCAAAACGAAAGGUCCUUGACCAACAAGUUAGAGAGCUUCAGGACCGUGCUUCCCAAAUGGAUUUGGCAGAAAUGAACAACAUGGACGCCAACGGCCGCCUAAAGGAAUUAGAAAACACCUGUGAGGAUCUUCGCCGCAAGCUUGGCGACGAGCGCCAAUCCAAGACAAACUUUGAGGAUUUGCUCAGCGCGCUCAAGAAUGAGCUCAGCGACGCAGCCAACGAGCGUGACAACCUGCGUGACGAAGUUGUACCGCAACUACGUGCUCGUGUGGAAGGCCUAGAGGCCGAAGCUGCUAGCUAUGCCAACCUUACCUAUGAAUCAACAAAAAUGCAACAUCAGCUUCAGUCCUUACAACAGGAGAACUCUACACUCCGCAGCUCUACUGCUGGCAUGGAUGACAUCCUUGCCCGCAGCAUGCCUCGACCAGUCAUGCCUGCCCGAAACGACAGCACCAAGAACCUGCAGUCUGAAUCCCGCGAGGCACUUGCUGAACGCCUCAAGGAUGUAGAAGCCCAACGUGAUGCUCUUCAUAACGCUUUGAAGAACUUGCUUGAGCGACAGGAAUUCCAAAACCGCGAGAACCAGAAGAAGAUUAAGAUUCUCGAGAAGGAGCGUUCACGCUUACUCGGUGAGAACCCCAAGAAGGCUGGUUUCGAGCGCGAUAUUACCAAGCUCCGCACAGAAGUCAACACCCUCCGACGCCGCGCUGAAGAUGCUCUUGAGCAGAAGUGGCAGGUUGAGAAGGGUCUUGGUGGACUCAAAAUGGAUCUCGAUAGAGCCGAGGAAGAAAUCACCACUCUGCGCAGCCUCCUCAAGGAGAAGGACAUCCUCAUGCCCCAAGCCGGCGAGGCUGCCACUGGUGUCACCUCUGAAUCCCUGCAAAAGGCCUACGACGAGCUUCAGGCUCAGUACAACGACUCCAUUGAGCGCAUUAAGCAGCUCGAAGUCAGCACCAAUGAUGAGGGCACUAGAAUGGCCCUCCAGCGCCUUGAGAAGUCUCUCAAUGCAGCGCUCUCUGCCAAGGAUGGCCUUCCCGCUACUACUGAUAACCUUCAGAACGAGUACGACAGCAUGAGCCCCGGCUCCGCUCAGCGCCCCCUUGCCGACGAACUCAGCGAGUCUGCUAACCGUGUCGAGCUUCUUGCAUCUCAUGUUCGCUCUCAGCUCGCCACCAAUGCCGAGCUGCGUCAGCGUCUCUCCGAUGCCAUCUCGCGUGGCGAGUCUCAGAGCAAGGCCAACUCUGGUCGCAUUGCCGAGCUUCAGGAGCGUCUUCGUGGCCUCGAGGACGAACUAGUCACUGCUCAGUCCUCGUCUGAGGACCGUAUUGGUCGUCACGAGGAAGAGAUUACCAAACUCAAGGAGGCUCACAAUGAACAGCUCCGUCGCCUGCACCAAGGUGGCAGUGUCGGCAUGACUGGCCCUCGCAAGUCCCCCAUCCUCAACUCGGCCGCUGGCAGUGUCUUUGCCCGCGCCCAGAACAUGGCCAGCAAGUCUGUUGAAGACGAGACUCAGGUCAAGAAGCUCCGCGAGCGCGUCAGUGAGCUUGAGCGCGCCCUCAGCGACACUGAGAACGAGAUGCAGGAGGUGGUUGGUAAGAUGAACUCGGCUCAGAUCGAGGUCAUGACACUCCAGGAGGAGCGUGAGACCGCCAUCCGCGAGACUAAGCGCCUCCAGGCCUUGGUCAAGCAAGAGGCUUCCAGCCCCUUUGCUUCUUCCCUGCGCAUGUUCGGCAUGGCUGCCUAAACAGCAGAUGCACAUCAUGCAACAAACCAGCAUGAAGUAGCGCGACGAAUAUAAUGCUUUACUUAAUUACCAAAGACGCCGCACAUAUCACGAGCCGGAAGACGACGACUGCAUUUUACUGGAACUGGAGUUUGUCGAAUUACUUUUUUUUUUACCUUUUUUUACCACCUACCUUUGCAUUUGAGCGUCGAGUAGGUUUGCUCGACGCUUUGGGUUUACAAAAUAGACGCCUAUGGAAGGUUGUCUAGGAAUACCAGCGCACUUUAUACACCGGAUUGGGAUUUGGAGUUGAUUCGUUUUUAUAUUGUUAUCCGUUUACUGUUCAUACGCCUUUUUGGUUGGGAUUCCCGACCCCAGGCUUUGAACAUUUGCAAGCUGCAGAGAACCCUGCUGAACGGUAUCUUUUUAGUUCACAUUUAUGGGCUUCAAUGUUUAUAGUAGUAAUGUCUAUCCUUAUAUAAUGGAGCGAGGCAUGAUGUUUGAGAGCAUGAAUUGAGCAAUACGAUACUUUCAAGACAAACU